GAAAACAGUGUGAGGCAGUGUUACUGGUUUACCUCUCAGACUCCAGAAGAUGAAGAAAGAGGAGGAAGAGGAGGAAGAGGAGGACGGAGCAGAGUCUGUAAUAUCCAGCUGUCUGUCUAUGAAGAGUGACCGGUCUAAUGAUCCUCCUCCAAACUUCAGUAAUGAACCUGGACCCUCAGACACAAAAGAGAGGAAGAGGAGGGCUGUUUCUGUGAAGGAGCAGCUGUCCUGCUGUUCUUUGUGUCGGAUAGCCCUGAAGGAUCCAGUCUCUACCAGCUGUGGAUACUGGUUCUGCAGACAGUGCAUCACCUCAUACUGGGACCGUCAUCAGAAGACUACUGAUUCAUCAAAAGGCCCCUGCUGUCCCAAGUGUGGAAAAAGAUCCAGAACCAGACCUGGACUGCAGACACACAGUCAGACCAGCACUGUACAAACAGAAAGUGGUCUGCAGGAGGUUUUAGAUGAACAUCAGAUCAAUCUGAGCAGCACAUGUGAAUGUGUGACUCAAGGAACUGAUGAAGCAGGAAGUGAAAUCCACCUCAUCAGCAUCUUCACUGAGGUCCACAUCACAGAGGGACAGAGUGAAGAGGUUAAUACCCAACAUGAGGUGUGGCAGCUUGAAAGAGCCUCCAAGAUGAAGACCCUUCAUGACACUCCAAUCAAGUGUCAGGACAUCUUUAAGGUCUUACCUGACCAACAUAAACACAUCAGAGUGGUUCUGAUGAACGGCGUCGCUGGUGUUGGAAAAACCUUCUCAGUGCUGAAGUUCACUCUGGACUGGGCACAGCGCUCCAAAAACCAAGAUAUCAGUCUGCUGAUUCUGUUCUCAUUCAGGUCACUGAACUUGAUCAAAGAUAAGAAGUACAGUCUGCUCAUGCUGAUCCGUGUUUUCUAUCCAACAUUACAGAAGCUCACAGCAGAGAAGCUCGCUGGCUGUAAAGUUCUGUUCAUCUUUGACGGUCUGGAUGAAAGCAGACUUUCACUGGAUUUCAACAACAGUGAGGUUGUGUCUGAUGUCACACAGAAGUCAUCAGUCAGCGUGCUGUUGACAAACCUCAUCGAGGGGAAGCUGCUUCCAUCGGCUCUCAUCUGGAUAACUUCCCGACCUGCAGCAGCCAAUCAGAUCCCUCCUUCAUGUGUGGGCAGGGUAACGGAAGUACGAGGCUUCACUGACACCCAGAAGGAGGAGUACUUCAGGAAGAGAUUCAGUGAUGAAGAGCAGUCCAGCACAAUCAUCUCACACAUCAAGACAUCCAGGAGCCUCCACAUCAUGUGUCACAUCCCAGUCUUCUGCUGGAUCACUGCUACAGUUCUGGACCACAUGUUGACUACAGACCAGAGAGGAGAGCUGCCCAAGACCCUGACUGACAUGUACUCACACUUCCUGCUGGUUCAGACAAAGAGGAAGAAGAACAAGUAUGAUGAGGGACAUGAGACGAGUCCACAGGAGCUGAUGGAGGCUGACAGGAACCUUCUUCUGAAGCUGGGGAGGCUGGCGUUUGAACAGCUGGAGAAAGGAAACAUCAUGUUCUACCAAGAAGACCUGGAGCAGUGUGGUCUUGAUGUCACAGAGGCCUCGGUGUUAUCAGGAGUUUGUACACAGAUCUUCAAAAGAGAGAGUGUGAUCUUCCAGAAAACAGUCUACAGCUUUGUUCAUCUGAGCGUUCAGGAGUUUCUGGCUGCAGUCUACAUGUACCACUGUUACACCAGCAGGAAGACAGAGGUACUGAAGGACUUCCUCGGAGUGGAUUACUCAUCUCUGGAUGACUUCCUGUGGGGAGCCAUGGAGAAAUCUCUCAGAAGUAGAAAUGGCCACCUAGACCUGUUUGUCCGCUUCCUUCAUGGCCUCUCUCUGAAGUCCAACCAGAGUCUCUUAGGAGGCCUGCUGGGUCAGACAGACAACAGUCCAGAAACCAUCCAGAGAGUCAUCAACAACCUGAAGGAGAUGAAGAGUAAGCGUAUCUCUCCUGACAGAAGCAUCAACAUUUUCCACUGUCUGACGGAGAUGAAGGACCGCUCAGUACAUCAGGAGAUCCAACAGUUCCUGAAGUCAGAGAACAGAUCAGAGAAGAAACUCUCUGUGUUCCAGUGCUCAGCUCUGGCCUACAUGUUGGGUAUGUCAGAGGAGCCUCUGGAUGAGUUUGACCUGAAGAAGUACAACACAUCAAAAGAGGGAAAACGGAGACUGAUCCCAGCUGUGAGGAACUGCAGAAAGGCUCGACUUGUUCGAUGUGGACUCUCAGAGACUCACUGUGAAGUUGUGGCCUCAGCUCUGAAGGACAACCCCUCCCAUCUCACAGACCUGGACCUGAGUGAAAACAAGCUGCAGGAUUCAGCAGCGAAGCGUCUGUCUGCUGGACUGGAGAGUCCAAACUGUAAACUGGAGACUCUGAGAUUGAAGUACUGCUGGUUGUCAGAGGUCAGCUGUGCUUCUCUGAUCUCAGCUCUGAAGUGCAACUCCUCCCAUCUCAGAGAGCUGGAUUUGGGAUGGAACAACCUGCAGGAUUCAGGAGUGAAGCUACUGUGUGAUCUUCUGGAGAGUCCAGACUGUAGACUGAAGGCUCUGAGAUUGAGGUACUGCAGUUUGUCAGAGACCAGCUGUUCUUCUCUAGCCUCAGCUCUGAAGUGCAACUCCUCCCAUCUCAGAGAGCUGGAUCUGACUCACAACAAGCUGCAGGAUUCAGGAGUGAAGCAUCUGUCUGCUGGACUGGAGAGUCCAAACUGUAGACUGGAGACUCUGAGAUUGUGGUGGUGCAGUUUGUCAGAGAUCAGCUGUGCUUCUCUGGCCUCAGCUCUGAAGUGCAACCCCUCCCAUCUCAGAGAGCUGGAUCUGAGUCACAACAACCUGCAGGAUUCAGGAAUGAAGCAUCUGUCUGCUGGACUGGAGAGUCCAAACUGUAGACUGGAGACUCUGAGCUUCAGUUGGUGCAGUUUGUCAGAGAUCAGCUGUGAUUAUCUGGCCUCAGCUCUGAAGUGCAACCCCUCCCAUCUCAGAGAGCUGGAUCUGGGAGGAAACUACCUGAAGGAUUCAGACGUGAAGCAGCUGAUUGAUCUUCAGCAGAGUCCAGACUGCAGACUGGAGACUGAAAUCUGCAGAGGAAACACGCUUGAUACUGACUUGAUUGGCUGA